AUGAUAACUACUGUGGAGCAUCCAGAACCUCCGAUGGAAAAUGGUAUAACACUGACUGCAGAGUCGGGUUGCGAUUUGACUUGGAUCCUCUAUAACAGUAAUUUAGCUUUAACAAUAAUUAGCGAUCCGAUGAAAUCAGUUCCUGAUGCUAAAUCAUCUUGCACUGCAAUUGGAAAAAGCUUGGUUUCUAUUACAACUAAUGAAUUAGAUUCAUUGUUGACGACAAAGCUAUCUCAAAAUGGAACCAUUAAUUACUGGACAAGUGGAAGUGAUUCAGAGACAGAAGGCAGUUGGAAAUGGGGAGAUGGAACAGCUUUUAGUAAAAAUGAUUCAAAUUGGAUGAGGUGGCCACUUUGGGGAAACGAGCCAAAUGGGACAACUAGCGAAAACUGUUUGAUGAAAUAUGCCGAGGCCAAUUAUAAAUGGGUCGAUACGAUUUGUACAACAAAAUCUGGUUAUAUCUGUCAGAAGAAUGUGUCAUCUGGUAGCUGUGGUAGCGAUGUGUGCCUAAACAAGGGAAGCUGCACGAUUAAGAAACCACGGUAUACAUGCACAUGCAAUGCAGGGUAUUUUGGAACAAAAUGCGAAAAAGAUUUUAUAACAAUCUCUACAACACCUACAAAAAGGGAUGUGAAGAGAGGAGAAAGCAUCGAUGUUCAACUCCACAUUGCAUCAUAUAAUGAAAACGUUGAUGUGAAUGUUAGAAAUCAGAAUAACGUGAAAAUCAAAUUCGUUACGACCAGCGAUAUCAAUAGCAGCAAUCCUUCAACAACAUUGACAAUCAACAUUGGUCCCAUAGAAGUUUCGUCGGCCACUAUUUCGUACAAGUUUGAAGCUGGUCCUCAGAGCAACAAUUCGUCUUACUCAAGAAUAGUUACUUUGAUGUUGGUAGUUAAUGAUGCCUGCGAUUCAUCACCUUGUAAAAAUGGGGCCAACUGUCAAUAUACGACUGCAGAGCCAUAUUACAUUUGCACUUGUCGACCAGAAUACAAUGGAACGACGUGUGAAGAACCAACGUAUAACCUUUAUAAAAAUUGCAAAUAUCACGUCAACUAUUACAAAAAGAAAACAUUUGGUGACGCAAAUACAACUUGCAAUAGUCUUGGAGGAUCAGUCGCAAUGAUGAAAACAGACGCAAUACAAGAUUUUGUUGAAAGUCAAAUAAUAGAUCAAUAUGGUGAAGGAGGCACAAUUGAAUUUUGGAUCGGAGCUUACAAACCAAAUACCGAUUGGCUAUGGGUUGACGAUACGCCCAUUACCAAUAGCAAGUGGGCGUGGUCUUCGGUGAGCCAAGGAAAUGGAUAUUUGUUUAUGAGUUCUUAUGGGACAACGAGGGAUAAUAUGAAGUGGAUUAAUAAUGACGGGUCAAGAACUCAGGGAUAUGUUUGCGAGAUUCCGAGUAUGCAAAAUUUUCGAAACUACAAAUUUGAAGUAUUUAACGAAGGUAAAUCAUAUGAUGCUGCCAAGGCUGUAUGUGAAGGAAGAAAUACAUGGCUUGUUGAGAUCAAAGAUGAAGAAACUCAGGAUGCAGUGAGACAGUUAACAACGGCCACCAAUUAUCCGCAAACUGUUCGAAGCAUUAAUGAUAACCACUGUGGAGCAUCUAAAACUUCAGAUAAAAAAUGGUAUAACAGUGACUGCAAAGUCGGGUUGCGGUAUGUAUGUCAAUCGGAUCUGACUUGGAUCUUCUAUAACAGUAAUUUGGCUUUAACAAUAAUUAGCGAUCCGAUGAAAUCAUUUGCUGAUGCGAGAUCAGCUUGCACUGCAAUUGGAAAAAGCUUGGUUUCUAUUACAACCAAUGCAUUAGAUUCACUGUUGACGACCAAACUAUCUCAGAAUGGAACCAUUAAUUACUGGACAAGUGGAAGUGAUUCAGAGACAGAAGGCAUUUGGAAAUGGGGAGAUGGAACAACUUUCAGUAAAACUGAUGCAAAUUGGUGA